AAAAAGCCGUUCGGGAUAUUGAUGGGUCGCUCGUUUCUGUGUUAAAUUAUUAAAUUACUGCUUUCAUUGUGUAUUAUCUCUUUGUUUUGCCAUCUAAAGAUGGUUUAAACAAGUUGUCGUGAUAUAAAUAUUAUUGAGUGGUUUUGCAGUGACUACAAUAAACAAAUCCAAAAUGUCCGUACCCACCACAGGAUUGAGCAAGUUAAAGAAGAAACAUAUUCGUGUAAAACAUCAAAAAGUGAAAUUGUUUCGUGCUAAUGAACCGUUACUAUCUGUUUUUAUGUGGGGUGUUAAUCAUACGAUUAAUGAGCUGAGCCAUGUCUCGAUUCCAGUUAUGCUUCUUCCAGAUGAUUUCAGAGCUUAUUCAAAGCUCAAAGUUGACAAUCAUUUAUUUAAUAAGGAAAACAUGCCAUCUCAUUUUAAAGUGAAGGAAUACUGCCCCUUAGUGUUCAGGAACCUUCGUGAGAGAUUUGGAAUUGAUGACCUAGAUUAUAAGGAGUCACUAACAAGGUUUAGAAAGCCAGAUAACUACCUGUGCUCAAGGGCAAUGAAGAGGGUUACCAAUAAAUUACGACGAUCUGAGACAGCACCGUCCAAUGUUGCCAAUAUGAAAAAUGAAACUCACCAAGAAGGAUUAUUCCAUGAUGCGAGUGCAUUCGUCAAACGUGGCUUGACGAUAAAACGACUGAGAUCUCAGCCUAUCCCGGACGAUUCGUCUGGCAAGUCGGGCGCCAAGUUCUACCAGAGUUACGAUCGUCUCUUCAUCCUGAAAACUCUCACUUCUGAGGAAGUGGAAAGGAUGCACUCUUUCCUAAAACAUUAUCACCCGUACAUAGUGGAGCGGCACGGUAAGACGCUCUUGCCGCAAUACCUUGGAAUGUACCGGCUGACGGUGGACGGUAUCGAGCACUACCUCGUAGCCACUAGGAACGUGUUCUCCAACCACCUCAAUAUACACAGAAAGUACGAUCUGAAGGGAUCGACGGUGGACCGCGAGGCUUCGGAGAAGGAGUUAGAGAAGGAGCUGCCCACCCUAAAGGAUAAUGACUUCAUCAAGCAGGGCGUCAGGAUCGACAUCGGUGAUGCCGCCAAGGACAAGCUGCUGGAGACCCUCACUGCUGACGUUGAGUUCUUAACAAAACUCCACCUAAUGGAUUACUCUCUGCUGCUCGGCGUACACGAGUGCGGGCGCGGCGAGGCGGAGGCGGAGGCGGCGCGACAACGUGAAGCUGAGGCCGACAGCGAGCCCGACACCGACAGCGAUAGUGAUACUGACAACAGGCACCACGGCGACAGCAGGUGGGGCUACAACACGCCGCCGGACAGCCCGCGGGGCUUCGCGCGACACGCGCUGCGCUAUGAGGGCAUCAUUCCAGAUCUAGAUAUAUACGCUAUACCAAGCCAGGAUGGUGCACCUAAAAAAGAAAUAUACUUUGUCGCCCUAAUCGAUGUGCUCACACAUUACGGAGUCAAAAAACAGGCAGCGAAAGCAGCGAAAACUGUGAAAUACGGCAGUAAUGUUGAUGGUAUAUCUACAUGUGAUCCAGAACAGUACGGGAAGAGAUUCAUUGAAUUUGUUGCUAAAGCUAUUGAAGGUAACUAGAUUUAUUGAUAUGCUUCUUUUAGUUAUGCUAAAUGCUGAAAUGUUGUUAACAAACGUCAAAGGAUGUCAUUAUUUUGAUGGCUCCUACGUAGACUAAUGUAACCCACAAUUUUGAGUUUA